AUCACCAGGAGAAAGACUCACACCUGGUUGGAACAGCUGUCCCAGGACAUUUGGCUAAGGAACAAAGAGAAGCAGGAUUCUUGCUCGCAGCUUUUGUCCCGUGACACAACUCAGCAAGAGCACUUGUUGGAAUUCAAGCCAAAGAAUCCAGAAUGGGGCUGCUAGUGAGACUGGUGGUUCUGUACUGGGUGCUCAGACUCGACCUUUGUGAAAAUGAGCCUGCGUGGUUCCAAAACAUCUCCACAUCCAUAUUUAACUCAUCUGGAGACUUCCUCCUUGGGGGACUAUUUCCCAUUAAUGGCCUCACAAGCAACUUGAGCCAAAAUGAAAACCCUAGCGAUGUGCAGUGUAACAGCGUAAAUGCAAUUGGACUGGGUCUUUCACUGGUGAUGAAGUAUACAGUGGAUGAGAUCAAUUCCACACCAGACUUGCUCCCCGACAUCAAGCUGGGCUUUGAAACCUUCGACACCUGCAGCCAGUCAUUUAUCAUUGUGAAGCCCAGCAUGUUUUUCCUGAGUGAGGGAUACUCAGGGCAGGUCAGAGUGAUGUGUAACUACACAGAGUACAGCACACGUGUGCUGGCUGUCAUUGGACCCCAAAAAUCUGAGAUGGUCGAUGUCGUCGGAAAGCUCUUUGGAUUCUUCAUGAUGCCACAGAUCAGCUACGGUGCCACCUGUAACACGUUCAGCGACAAGCAGCAGUAUCCGUCAUUCUUGCGUACAGUCCCCAGUAACCAGUGGCAGGCCCAGGCCAUUGUGGACCUGCUGAAGGAGUUCGGCUGGAACUGGGUAGCUGUGCUGGGUAGCGGAGAUGAUUAUGGCAAGGAGGGGCAGCUUGUAGUCUCCAUGUUGGCAGCACAGUACUCCAUCUGUGUUGCCUACGAGGCCAUCAUCCCUGUGUACGACGACCCUCAACCCAUGAUCUCAGAGAUACUAGAUAACAUCAAGUCGGCCGCGGUAGGCGUGGUGGUCCUCUUUACUGCCCCCAGUUCUGCUCGGAUAUUCUUCUCUGAGGUGAUAAAGAGGAACAUGGUAGCUGUCUGGGUAGCUAGUUCAGCCUGGUCUCUUGACAACUUAGUAUACGAGCUCCCAAACAUCAACCGCAUAGGCACGGUGCUAGGCUUCACCGAGAACACCCAGAUGUUGACCUCACUGACCAGCUACGCCAGGGUGCUCCUCACACGGCUGGGAAAAGAGAGGGGCAAUGGGCUAAGGAUAGAGAGCGAUAAGUCAGGAUACUCCCAUCUGGAGGACCCCUGUCCUGACUGCUGGAACCUGUCCCAGGACAACAUCAGCAUAGUGACGCAGCCAGUAGUGCAGAGAAAAGCCUUCAGCGUGUACCUCGCCGUCUAUAGCGCAGCCCAUGCACUCCAUCAAGUGCUUGGCUGCAAUACCACCAGCUGCCAGAAGGGGGCAGACAGCAAGGUCUAUCCCUGGCAGCUGUUGGAGGUUUUGAAAAAUAUGUCCUUCGAAAUUAAAGGCCAGCAGUUUCAUUUUGACAGCAAUGGAAACCCUAACAUUGGCUAUGAUGUUCUGACUUGGAUCUGGACGAAGGGCAAUGUAACCUUUAAAGACAUUGGAACCUACUACAAUAGCUUGAAGAUCAACGCAGCCCUCAUCACAUGGUACACCAACAGCACUAAGGUACCUAAGUCCACUUGUUCUUCAAAUUGUGAGCCUGGUCAGAUUCGUCAUGUCAAGGGCUCUUAUUCUUGCUGCUAUGAUUGCAUCGACUGCAGUGAAGGCACCUUUCAGAAUAAUACCGUGGACCUCCAAUGCACUAACUGUCCCGAUGGCCAGUGGUCUUUACCGCGCAGCACCAACUGCACAUUGGCCACAUACUACUUCCUGUCCUGGAACAGCUACCAGGCCCUGGGACUGGUGUUGCUGGCCAUCUUGAUGCUGACUUGCCAUGGAGUCACAGGCUUACUCUUCUUGUAUCACCAUGGCAGUGCGCUGGUGCGAGCCGCGGGGGGACCCCUGAGUGCUUUGACCCUGAUCGGCUCAAUGGGAAGUUGUGCCAGCAUAAUUCUGUUUUUAGGCCAGCCGGGAGACUUGACAUGCCGCUUGCAGCAGCCUGUCCAUGUCGUCUUCUCUACAGUGACCCUGUCCACCUUCCUGGCCAUCACACUUCAGAUCGUCUGUGUGACAGAGUUUCCAGAGGAAGCUCCGUCCUACCUGGAGAUACUGCGUGGUGUUGGCAGUGGUAUGGUGGUCUUGGCAUGUUGUGGAGUGCAGGCCGGCCUGUGCGGGUGGUUCAUCCAGGCUAGUCAGACCUUGUCCAGCUACCUUAAUAGCAUUAAUGUGAAUUUCCUGACGAGUUUCCUGCGUUGUCCAAUGGAGCCCAUGCUGGGUCCAGGCCUGAUGGUUGGCUUCAACUGCCUGCUGGCCUUGGUAUGCUUCAUGAGCACCUUCAUGGUGAAGAAGCCUCCCAACCAAUACAACUUGGCCCGUGACAUCACCUUCUCUACUCUGUUUUACUGUGUGGUGUGGGUGGUAUUCAUCCCAAUCUACACUGGCCUGGAUGACAAAUCCAAGUCUCUCGCGGAGAUGACCGCCAUCCUUUUUGGCAAUGUGGGCAUAGGGGUCGCCUACUUCCUGCCCAAGUGUCACCUGCUGCUAAUCAAGCCAGACCUCAACACAGAAGACUACUUCCGUACUUAUCUAGAAGCUUCUCCAAUUCCCCCUGAAAAAGACCAAGAUAAACAGCAGUAGCAGAUGCUACAGCAAUUUCUAUAUAAAGCCAGCUAGAAAAAUGUAUUUUUCAUGAAAAAAUAAA